AUGCCUGAGCUGGACAGGAGGGGGAGCCAAAGUGAAGGCUGGUAUGACAGACGGCUGGUCCAGCUGGCCCAUCUCCACACAUCCCCCAACAGCCAGGCCCCAGUCCCCGCUCUGCCAGAGAAGGGAGGCAAGACGCGCCACGGUAUCAUCCCUGAGGAGCUCUUCCAGAUCCUGUACCCCAAGACUGGAGUUACAGGGCCCUACGUGCUGGGUGCUGGGCUGCUCACAUACAUCCUUUCCAAGGAGAUCUACAUCAUCAACCACGAGACCUUCGCUGCUGCCUGCAUGGGUACGGUCAUCAUCUACGGUGUCAGGAAGUUCGGCCCCGACGUCGCGGCUUUCGCUGACAAGCUGAACGAGGAGAAAGUUCAGAAGGCUCAGGAAGUGAAGGACCUGGCUAUGACCAGCUUGGCUCAGGCCAUCCAGGAUGAGAAGAAGGAGCAGUGGAGGGCAGAGGGACGACAGAUGCUCUUCGACGCUAAGAGGAACAACGUGGCCAUGCUACUGGAGACCAACCGCAGGGAGAGGGUCCACAUGGUGACCAACGAUGUGAAGAAGAGGCUGGACUACCAGAUCGCCCUGCAGACCCUUCACCGCCGCAUGGAGCAGGAACACAUGGUGAACUGGGUGGAGAAGAACGUUGUCACCAGCAUCACCCCCCAGCAGGUGGGUUAA